UCACUGACUCACUCUCUCUCUUCUCUCUCUCUCUCUACUGCUGCAUGAUCGAUUUCCAUGGAAACCCUACUCUGUUCUCCGGACCGCAGUUGAGGGUUUCGGAGCUCGGACAAGCAGAGUAAGGUUUUUAAUGGAUAUCAUUUUUGUUUAGAAAUUUGGAUUUCUUUUCUACAAGGCACGCAAAUAUGAACAAGGAAAAUAUAGCUGCUGCUAAAUUUGAAGGGUCUACCGCUCGAAUCACACGGGCUCGGGCUAAAGAACUAGGCUCAUCACGAGGGUUAAGACCACCAAAACCUUCCAUAAAACAGGAUCAGAAGCGAGUUCUUCGAUCAAAUUCAAAAAGAGCAGCAAUGGAAGAGAAUAAAUCCACUGACACUGCCACUUCCCAUCUUCAGCAUAAGAAGAGGGCAGUUUUUAAGGAUGUCACUAACAUUCUCCGUGAAAAUUCAUAUAACUGCAUGAAUGCAGCCAGAAGUCAGAUUAAAAGAGGUCCUGCAAAGAGGACUGCAAAGGUAGCCCCAGAUACUGUUGCAGAGACUUCAGAGGUUCAAGAAGAUGUCAAGACGGUGAUUGCUGAAGAAGUAUCCAAAACAAAGGCAGUUGAAUUACAAAAAGAAGCUAUGCCACCUCAACCGAUGACACUGUGUAACGUAAGAGAAUGUGAUGUACCAGAUCUGAUGCUUGCAAAACAGACCCCAAGAAAGCCUUCUCAACUUCAAGGCCCUCUAAAGAAAGAAGAAGAUAAGCUUCACAAGAAAUCAUUAGGCUCAAAGGGUCUUGGAAUUGCAGAUAUUGAUUCAAACCAAAAGGAUCCUCAGAUGUGCAGCCUCUAUGCCACAGAUAUAUAUAAUAAUUUGCGAGUUGCUGAGCUCAACCUAAGACCUUCUGCUAAUUUUAUGGAAACGCCGCAACAAGAUAUCACUCAGAGCAUGCGGGGAAUUCUAGUUGAUUGGCUUGUGGAGGUUUCUGAAGAAUAUAAGCUGGUUCCAGACACACUUCACCUUACAGUGAAUCUCAUCGAUCGGUAUCUUUCUCAAAAUCACAUUGAAAAACAAAGACUCCAACUGCUUGGUGUUACUUGUAUGCUAAUUGCCUCAAAGUAUGAAGAAAUAUGUGCACCCCGUGUGGAAGAGUUUUGCUUCAUCACAGACAACACUUAUACCAGAGAGGAGGUUUUAAAAAUGGAGAGCCAAGUUUUGAAUUUUCUGCACUUUAAAUUAUCAGUACCCACAACAAAAACAUUUCUCAGAAGGUUCCUUCAAGCAGCACAAGUAUCUUCCAAGGUUCCUUGUCUAGAACUGGAGUUAUUGGCCAAUUAUUUAGCAGAAUUGACUCUUGUUGAGUACAGCUUCCUUGAGUUCUUACCUUCCUUGAUAGCUGCAUCUGCUGUUUUUCUUGCCAAAUGGACACUUGAUCAAUCCGAGCAUCCAUGGAAUGCUACUCUUGAGCACUAUAGCAGCUACAAUGCAUUAGAACUAAGAGCCAUAGUUCUUGCAAUGCAUGAUUUGCAACUGAACACCAGUGGCUGUUCUCUGAAUGCCAUACGUGAAAAGUACAAGCAACAGAAGUUCAAUUGUGUGGCCACAUUGUCAGCCUCAAGCCCAGUUCGGUCGCUCUUUUAGAGAUUAACAACUUAUUUUUACUUGCAUAAGAGAUGCUUUUUAACAUAUUCCGUCAGAGCUGCUCGCUCAAGGCCGGUAAAUCUGAUGAUGCUUCUGAUUCCUGAUCCAAAUUCACCCUUCAAUUUAUUUCCCCCACAUUAUUUUCUAAUUUGUUUGUCCUUGUUGUAUCAUUUUACCUGGUUCUUGUAAUUCCAGACCUGUAUCUUUGUAAUGUGGAAUUGUAAGAGCAUAGCGCGGUGGUAAAUUUAUAAGUGCCUUCCGCCGAAUUAUUUCUUUUAGCUUCAUAGCUUGUGGAAAGUCAUUGAACCACACUGAAUCUCCAUCAGUUGCGAGCUUGCAACGAAGAGUGUAUUCAUAUGAAGAUACUUCUGUAUCUGAAACCUUAAAAUAUUCAAUCAAUUAUUUUUUUUCUGUCA